AUGCCGAUUCCUUCAACGUCUCAUCAACAAAUCAGCUGGAAUUUUCCGCCUUCAUCGCUCAAAAAUCAAGUGAGAGUUGCGGAAAAGCGGAAUCCGGAAAAAUCUGAAAAUCCCGACGAUUCAAAUCAUAUCUACGCCUGCUCAGAUGACACGUCAUAUUAUGCGGCUCCAAUUUUUCUCAACUCAUCGACAAUUCGAAAAUUGGGAGAAGCUGAAGAAGUGCCGAAAAAGCCGGCGCCUUGCCUAAGUCGACAAUCCACGUGUCGACCCACAAGCCAACUUUAUUUGCCGAGCAAAAAACGAAAAAAGUGA